CAGAGUCCUUUUUUGGUGUUGAACCAUAACUGUCAACUACCACUAUGUAUCAAAAGAGCAUAUCUGGAGUGAGGCUUAUAACUAUAUUCAUCACUGUACAAAAAAUAGGCUGAGCUGCUUGUUGCUUAUUGUAAACGGGUUGAUUAAUGGCAGAAAUGAUCAAAGACGCCCUUACCAGUAGUGGUAGCAGCUCUGGUAGACUCUCCCUCCCUCCUGAUCUAGCGGUCAUCGCUGCCCGUGAGUUGAACGAGACGCCUCAGGUAAGGAGACAGGCCCUCGUAGAGUUCAGACGAGCACUAAACGAGGAAGAAGCUCAUGAUGAAGAAGACCCUACCCCUGAUGAUGACUCCAUUCUACUUAGAUUUCUUAGAUGCAAGAAAUUCGACGUUUCUAGAUCCCUAUCAGUCUACAACGGGUACAAGGCAUUUAGAAAGAACAACAAGGAGCUUUUUAACGACUUGACUCCAUCUAGAGUCAGCCAUAUUUGGGACAACGGUCUCCUGGGAGCACUGGAGAGCAGAGACAAACACGGUAGAGCGGUAAUGGUCUCAUUUCCUGGUACAUGGGACCCAGAAACCCAACCCCUGGAAGACGUAUUGAGAGCAAUGAUACUCCAGCUAGAGCAUCUUAUCGAAGACACGAUGACACAAGUCACGGGGAUUGUGUUGAUUGCUGAUUUCAAAGACUUUUCUCUCUAUCAAGCAAAAUGCAUCAGACCGUGGUUUUUUCAAGGGAUGUCAGCCCUAGUCCAGAAUGCUUUUCCUGCACGUUUCAAAGGAGUGUACAUAUUACAUCAACCGUGGUACAUCAGUCUGAUAAUGGCAGUAGUGAGUAGACUAUUAACUGAGAAAAUGAACAGCAGGAUUCACAUGCUAGGCGAUGAUUUAAAUGAACUCUCUAAUGAUUUUAAUCUCGACACAUUACCGGAGGAAUUCGGUGGGCACGGCGAGCCUUACAAUGGUCAUCAUUGGACUGAUGUAAUGACUAGUAAAGAGAAUGAAGGAAUAGCACCUAAUGAUGAGAAGGACAAUAAAGACUCACCUAGCAGGAUUGAAUGCACUGCCCCUCGACCGAAUAAGCUAAGAUUAGAAACUGAAAUAUAAAUAAUAAUUAUUAUUUGUAUUUUGGUUUUGCCAUUAUAAUUUUUAUAACUGUC